AUGCUCAUUUUUGCUCGAUUUACCACGGACUCAAAGGCGACAACUUUCUUUCUCCGACGAUUUUUCUCACUUCACAGAAUCGAGUCCACAUUCAAAUUACUGCCAAAUCGGCAGUUAAUUACGCAGUCGAGAGCCAAAGAAGCGUUCCUCUCAGAACUUGAAGUCAAUAUCGCGGGUUCAAUCGAAAGAUUCGAGCUCAAGGAUGAAGUGAAAUUUGACGACUCGAAAGGACGGUUCUUCUUUGGAGGAAGCUCAGCGAAUAUUGGAGCGUCGGUCAUUUUUUCGAAGGCAGUAAUUCGCAGAGAUAGGUCUGUAAACAAAGAAGAACUCAGCGAAAACCCCGGAGAACUUAUCUUCAGCAAUGGAGUAAUGAGAGCUGAGGAGAAACGAAGAGUGUUGAAUCGCUUGGUCGCGCAUUCAAAGUCGAAAUAUCCUUCCAAAGACACGUGUCCCACAAUAUUCAAAAAAGCGAACAAAGGAGUUUCUCCGAAAGAGUUUCAAAGUCCAGUCGUUCGAAGAGUCGUUAUGAAAUGCUGGAACUUUGGAAAAAUCAUGGACAGAAUUAACUGCCUCAAUCGCGAAUUGGAGAACAAUUUUAUGAAGCGACUUGAACAGACGCGCUUUGAAUCGUUAAAUCAAAAUCGGAGAAGAAUGAAGAGUCUUUUCCAGUCGUUCGAUGGUCUUCAAUGCGAUGGAACGCUUCUCACCAUCUUUCUCAAAAGCAUCGAUUCUAAGAAUUACCUCUUUCCUUAUCUCAUGCUCGCUGCGGAUAAAAACUGCGCCCUGGCACUUCUAGUUCUCGCGAAAAUCCACGAAAGUUCCGGCGAUCUACUUACGGCGGCGAUGUACUACAGCUACGCAGCGCAGAAAGCUUUCGAAAGAAGACGAGACCAUCCCGAGCAAAUGGUCUUCGUCGACGAAAUUCGACUAAACGAUGAAAAGGCGCUGGAUCUUUUCGAAGGCGAGUCCGGCGGCGUCUACAACUGGUUGCUGGAUCAAGCCACGAAAGGCGUCCAGAGCGCGCAAAAUCACCUGGCGAGCGUCAUCUACCACGGAAAAACUGGCGUCAAAAAGAAUCUUUCCAAGGCUUUCAAGUUCUUCCAACAGGCGGCAAAAUCGGAAACGACGGAUCCAGACGCGACUUACAACCUUGGAUUAAUGAAGAUGAAAGGUCAAGGUUCUGGAAGAGACAUCGAAGGAGCGGUCGAGGACUUUCAAAAAGUGGUGGAGAGCAGUGCUCAUGCUCCAUCUCUGAAUGCUCUGGGACACUACCAUUUGCAGGAAGAAAAGAACGCGGAAAAAGCAAAAGAGUAUUUCGAAAAAGCGGCGGAACUGGGCGACCCUGACGCGAUGCACAACCUUGCGAUCAUAAACAAGCAGAAUCUCAUUCCCAAUCAGCCGAGAGACGAUGUCUACUGCUUCGGCCAAUUUUAUCGCGCCGCUCAACGAGGCCACAUUGAAUCCGCUUAUCAGCUGGUGCUCUUUUAUUCCGACGGAAUUCCAGGAAGUUUACCGGUUGUUCAUAAAGACGCGGUUGUUUGGGCCAAGUUUGUUUUAUCUGGAACCUCGGUGGAAUUGCGCCAGACACUUCAGAAUGGUUUGAAAUUCGCGAAAAAGCAGCCAGCACUUUCUUUCUGCUUUUACGGUUUGAGCGCGAUCGCUUCUUCUGAUUUGGGAGCUUUCAAUGCUGCCUUCUUGAUUAGCGAAAAAUUCAACAAAGAAGCAGAUUUGGACUUGAGAUUUUUAAAACUAGCGGUCGAAAACACAACGUAUUUGCCCUACCGUCAAGCUCAAACACUUCUCGGAGAACGACUGGGUCCGGAAGAAGGAGAACGGCAUCUCGUAGCGGCGGCAAAAGGAAUGUGCCCUCGAGCAAUGUUCAGUCUCGCUUCGGGCACGCGGGAAUUAUCGAAUUCGAGUCUGAGCGAGCUUGGACUGCUCAAGUUCAAAGACGACUACCGACGAGUUCUUUUGAAGCGCUGCGCCAGGAAAAUGGAAAUAAUUUGCGCCGGUUUUCCGAAAACUUCGUCGAAGAGCAGUUCUUCUUGUCUCCGGACGCUUGGUUUCAAAGUAGCGGAUUAUGUCGAAACUACCGAGUUCUUAUCUGACGUCUGGGUCGAUUACUUGGAAGGAAGAUGCCCGAUCCGGAGGGUGAUAGAAGAAUACAAAAAGCACGGCUUUCAAGCAAAUCAAGAUAUCUACUGCGAACGUUCGUAA